AUGAAGGCUGAGGCUGACUCUGCUGUUAAGGCCUCAAUUGAAACAGGAAAAGAGGUAAAAUUUUCACAGGAAACGAACUACCAUUUCAAACUGUCCGCAUUUCAAGAUCGAUUACUAGAGCAUUACCGUAAGAAUCCAAAAUUCAUUCAGCCAAAGGUGUAUAUGGAUAGUAUAGUACAGAAUGUUGCGUCUGGACUCCAGGAUCUGUCUAUUUCUCGCCCCGUCGACCGGCUCUCAUGGGGAAUCCCCGUCCCCGGAGAUACGACACAAACCAUAUAUGUUUGGUUGGACGCUUUGGUCAACUAUAUCACCUAUGCAGGAUACCCUUUCACCCCCGGUCGCGAGCAAGAGUCGAUAUGGCCUGCAGAUGUCCAUGUCGUGGGCAAAGAUAUCACGAGGUGCGCUAUUCGCAUGAAAGCUUUUAAUACUCAUAGAUAUCAACUAAUACCAUUUAGGUUCCAUUGUAUUUACUGGCCAGCUUUCCUGAUGGCACUGGACCUGCCAUUACCCCGGACCAUCUUGACACACGCACAUUGGACGAUGAACCACUCGAAAAUGUCCAAAUCUACCGGUAACGUGGUCAACCCAAUGUUUGCCAUGGCACGAUACGGUGUAGACCCGAUGAGGUUUUACUUGGCUAUGAACGGGGGUCUUGCUAGCGAUACGGAUUACGACAAUUCGUAUAUCGUACGAGACUACAAAAACGUCCUGCAAGGCGGGCUAGGCAAUCUUUGUAGUCGGGUGAUGCGAGGCAAAGGAUGGAAUGUGAGAGAGAGCGUUGUCAAGAUGACGAAUGGGCAGGGCAGCAGAAGAGCCAAAGAUCCAUCUGAAAUUGAGCACAUGGAGUUUCUGGAGAAGGUCCCAGGCCUUGUGUCCAACCAGAUGGAUGAAUUGAACCCUCGCCGCGCACUGGAGGAGAUAGUGAAGAUCAUUGACCAGACAAAUAGAUAUGUCCAAAGCACUGGACCAUGGAACCUCGCGAAGGAGGCGGGCACUGACCCGACGGCACACGACCAGUUGGUUGGAGUAAUCUACAAUGCAACCGAGUCUCUCCGCAUUGCCGGCAUCCUCCUGCAGCCUUUCAUGCCCGAGAAGGCUAAGAAGCUACUCGACAUGCUCGGUGUAGAGGAAGACCUCAGCAAGCGGUCAUAUGCUGCCGCAAAGUAUGGGGCUGAUCCUGACUAUGGGACGCCCAGGGUGCCGCUAGGAAAAGGGCAGGCAGGGACGCUAUUCCCACCGCUGUUGAGCGAAGAAUGA